AUGUUUGAAGCUGGAGUUCGAAUGUUCUCCAAAUCCGGACGUUCAGACUUGUUACUUAUAAGUAAGAGAUUAUUAUUAUUAUUAUUAUUAUUAUUAUUAUUAUUAUUAUUAUUAUUAUUAUUAUUAUUAUUAUUAUUACUAUUAUUAUUAUUAUUAUUAUUAUUAUUAUUAUUAUUAUUAUUACUAUUAUUAUUAUUAUUAUUAUUAUUAUUAUUAUUAUUAUUAUUAUUAUUAUUAUUAUUAUUAUUAUUAUUACAUUAA